AUGAACAGGAGCAGACAGGCCCAAACACAGCCAACAUACGACUUUCUCGCAGGAAACUCCCCGCCCCAGAUGCCUAGAACCCCAUUACGGCGAAGUACUCGAGUCAGUGAUUCGGUGGUUAAGCCAGAUGUUGGAAAUGAGGAGCUACGCGUACAAAUAAGCACCCUAAAAUAUGACCUUGAAAACAUCAAGCAGGAAAAAGAUCUUACUGCCCUACAACAUGAGAAAGAGCUAAGGGAGCUACAUGCCAGGGCUGAUGCAGAUUUUCGGAGAGCACAAGCUGCUGAGACCAGCAAUAAUAAAACGCAGCAUAAGAUCGAAUCACUCGCUGAGGAGCUGAAAAGUACACAAGAAGCAGCGAUUAGCGAAAAGUCGUCUUGGGAAAGGAGACUUAGGUCUUUACAGGAUGAAAACGAAACACUACGUGAGGAAUCAGGUGACUACCAGUCACAACUGGCGGAUCAGCAACGUCAGUAUAAGCACCAGAUCGACGAGCUAGAAGCCAUCAGAUCCGCCCUACAAAAGACCCUGGAUGAACUACGGAAUGAGCUUGAAGAAGUCACUAGUACUCUGCAAACGGCGCAGGGAAAGCUCGAGGAACGGGAAUCAGAAGUUGAGGCGCUGGAAACAGAAAAUAUCCGGCUAAAGGCCGAGGGGACGGACCCCGAAGCGCUCAAUGUUUUGAAAAGGGAGUUAUCGGAGCAGCUGGCGCAAGUGAAAAAGUUUGAGAAUGAGCUGAGGCCACUCCAGAAGUCUCAGAAGAGAGUUGAGGUUGUCGAGGAGCAGAAAAUCGCGCUCGAGAGUCAGCUUCAGAUGAUGAAGAGUGUUGAGGCAGAGUUACAUAAUGCGCAAAUUCGGAAUCAAGUGCUAGAAGAUGAGAAACGCUCCUGGGAUUCGUUGUUGCAAGGAACGGGCCAGGAAGCGGAGUUUGAGUCACCCGAGGCUAUUGUCAGAGCUCUUGUGCAGACCAGGAUUGAGAAUACCUCCUUAGUAGAAAAAAUUGGACACAUUCAAUCCGAAGCUACAGAGAAGUCGGAAUUAGCUGCUCGCUUGGAAGAUGAGAAGCUUUCUCUCCAAAAGGAGCUUGAAAAGGCACGCGCAAGCAGUGCAGCUAAUGCAUCUUCUGCGUCUACUUCAUCAGGUUCCGAGAGCCGAGCUAGAUUACGGAUUGAGCGCCAGCGAACACUAGCAUUAAAAGAGGUGGAAUAUCUACGAGCUCAGCUAAAGGCGUUCGAUGAUGAGGAGACGACUAUGAACGUUGAGGAGAAUCGCUUUGAUUCUCAGAAAGCAGAGCAUAUUGCACAUUUAGAAGACCUUCUAAAUCAACACCGCCAGGAACUUCAUGAGUUACAUGAGCAGCUAUCAAAGAGGGAAGCAGAGGCAACACCUGCUGCCGAUUCGGUGGCACCGACUGCUGCAGCUCGAGGAGUUAAACGGCCACUUUCUCCUGCGGAUAGCGAUGCAGAAAGUGAAAGAAUUGCAGUUCUUACCCGCAAAUACCGUGCCGCCCAAGAGUCCUUUUCUAAAUCGGAGCAAUCGGUCAAAUUGCUCACAAAGGAACUUGAAGCUACUAAGUCUCAUCUCUCUUCUCUCCAAGCGCAAUCUCGCACGCGAAUACUAGAGUUCCGUGAUAACCCAACUGCACAAGCAGAGAAGAUUAAAAUGAUUACCCUGAAGACCCUCAAGGCAGAGAAUGUUGACCUUCUCAACCAAAUACGUGGUGCUCGCGCAAAUAUCAAGUCUGUCCCAGCUACUGUGCUUGAGAGUAUGAAACUCGAGCUCCAAGAGGCUGGAAAGGCGGUUGCGGAGAAAGAGAAACGUAUCCGCCGACUCAAGGAGAUAUGGACCGCUAAAUCCUCUGAGUUCCGAGAAGCCGUUGCGUCCAUACUAGGGUAUAAGCUUGACUUCAUGCCUAACGGCCGAGUACGAGUGACGUCCAUGUUCCAUCUCUCUCCAGCUUACAGACACGGCGAUGCAGGUGGCUCCGCCGACGGACCUGGAAGUAUGGGAGACGGUGAGGAGAACUCAAUCAUCUUCGAUGGUGAAAAUGGAACUAUGAAGAUAUCUGGUGGCCCAAAUAGUUUGUUUGCAUUGGAGAUCCGCGAUCUGAUUAAAUUCUGGGUUGAGGAGAGGAAAGAUAUCCCUUGUUUCCUAGCUGCGAUGACCCUAGAAUUUUACGAUAAGACGACGAGAGCUUUGCGGUUGUAG